AGCUUUUUGCCCGAGCCCGCUGGAAGCGGCGAGCGGGCGCGGCGGGCUGGUGGCGGCAGCGGAGGCAGCGCUAGCAGCAGCGGGGGGAGGCAGCGCUGGAGGCUGCGAGCUGGAGGCUGCGCCUUACCCACACCGCGACUCCUUCCACUUGCCUGCCGCCGCCCCUGCCGCUUCCCCCCUCGCUCGCCGAAGAUGUCCACAGCCCUGGUGUCGCCCACCAUCUUCGACCUGAGCGAAGUUUUAUGCAAGAGCAACAAGAUGCUGAAUUACAGCCCCUCGGGUGUCAGCGGGUGCCUGCUGGACAGGAAGGCGGUGGGCACCCCGGCCGGCGGGGGUUUCCCUAGGAGGCACUCUGUCACCCUGCCCAACUCCAAGUUCCACCAGAACCAGCUCCUCAGCAGCCUGAAAGGGGAGCCCGCGCCCAUGCUGGGCCCCCGGGAAAGCCGCUUUCGGGACCGCUCCUUCUCCGAGGGCGGCGAGCGCCUGCUGCAGCAGAAGCAGCCCGGGGGCCAGGUCAACUCCAGCCGCUACAAGACGGAGCUGUGCCGCCCCUUCGAGGAGAACGGCGCCUGCAAGUACGGCGACAAGUGCCAGUUCGCCCACGGCAUCCACGAGCUGCGCAGCCUCACCCGCCACCCCAAGUACAAGACCGAGCUCUGCCGCACCUUCCACACCAUCGGCUUCUGCCCCUACGGGCCGCGCUGCCACUUCAUCCACAACGCCGAGGAGCGCCGUGCCGUGGCGGGCGGCCGGGAGCCCGCCGUCACUGACAGACCCCGCCUUCAGCACAGCUUCAGCUUCGCAGGCUUCCCCAGCACUGCUGCCAGCGGGCUGCUGGACAGCCCCACUUCCAUCACCCCGCCGCCCAUGCUGAGCGCCGACGACCUGCUGGGCUCCCCCACCCUGCCUGACUGCGCCAGCAACCCCUUCACCUUCUCCAGCCAGGAGCUGGUCAGUCUCUUCGCCCCCAGCAUGGGGGUGCAGGUGCCCAGCGGGAGCUCCCCCACCACGUUCUUGUUCAGGCCCAUGUCCGAGUCCCCCAACUUGUUUGACUCGCCGCCCAGUCCUCAGGACUCCCUCUCUGACCAGGAGGGCUAUCUGAGCAGCUCCAGCAGCAGCCACAGCGGCUCAGAUUCCCCUAUCCUGGACACCUCAAGACGUCUUCCCAUCUUCAGCAGACUCUCCAUCUCCGACGACUAAUCUGGGGUUUCCUCUUGCUCCCCCCCACCUCUAUUACGAUGUUAAGCUGAACUCCCCCGGCCCCGUAGUCGGAGCUGGAUGUUAACGUGUCCACCUGCCUGUCGUAGACCCACUGGCUUAAACCUUAAGUGCCAAAUUUACGAUGAAAAGCAAUAACGUUUACAAAAAUUAGUGCCUUUUAAUGCUUUCACUGUGACUGUAUUACCUCUCCAGCUGCAGAGGGCACCAGCAGCUCUGUGCACUUCCAGAUGUGCAGGAAAUGUCCGGAUCCAGCUCCCUCCACUGGCUGCAUACUGCAUCGCCCUCUCCCAGUCCCUUCCCGACUGGCCAGCUCCCGCUAGGCUGCAGGCACGUGGGCAGGCGUUAACAUCCAGCGCGCUCUCCCCCCUUACAGACUCAUCUUGCCUGGAUCCACUCAGGUCUGCGGGAAGACAAGCUGAGAACGGACAAAGAUUGUAACACGAGUGGGACUUCGACUGGGAGGAAAACGAGCAAAUGAAAAAAAAAAAAAAAACAAAAUGGAAAAAAAAAAGAGAUGGGACUAUGAGAGACUCGAUUUUGGUGCUAAAAGUUUCCCCGUGUAUUCAUGUGACAUCUUAAAAACAAAU